AUGCUCUCUUCGAAUCAAGGCUUGAUGUUUGGUUUGGGUGAACAUGUUGUUCAAUCCACAUCUUCGGAGAGGACAAUACUCAAGCAACAAGUUCGGGAAUGUUUGAGAGAAUUUUCAAGGACCCAGAGCAAGGAGGCUGAUGCGUUUUUGCAAGAAUUUAAGAAACGUGAUGAUGCAUGGGAAAUUUUGUUUGAUAUUCUGUUGAUGGAUUUUAAUCAACAGAGGAUGAUGAAUUCAAUACCACAAGAUGAAAAUGAGAGAUUUAUCUGCUCUCAUCUUAUUUAUAUGAAAAUGCUCUAUUCAUAUCAAUCGUUUGAUGUGAAAAUUAUGGAGUGGGUACGAUGUAGUUUACUGAAAUCUAUCGCAUUAUUCUACAAUCGGUAUUUAUUGUCAGGAAAAUCGAGCGAUAAACUAGUCACACGUCGAUUAUUGCUGGCUCUUGCCAUGUUUUCACUUUAUUCAAUACUCGCAAACAAUACUGAUUUAGAGCAAACUGACAUUUUUGCUGACACAUUUCGAUACAACAGUCACGCAACAAAUAAUAACAAUUUAGUAAUUUUUGACAUUGGAAAUAGUAUUCAAAAUUUACAAACUUUUGACUCAAACACGUUAUUUAACGCAUUGAACGGAAAUGGCUCAUUUACAAUCACAAUGAGUAUCAUGGAACCUGCACUCGAGUGGUUUUCUCUCAUGUUGGAACAAAUGGAGAGUGUGAAUGUGUUUGAAAAUUCUGAACAAGCAGAGUUGAAAAAAGAGUUUAAAAAGAUGGAGGAAAAGCUUCUCACUUUUGUGUCGAACAUCUUAAUGCUGCCUCUUGAUGGAAAAGAAAAAUAUAAUUAUUUUGUAAAUUUAAAAAUUAAUGCCAUCAGCAUACUGAAAAACUGGGUAGUCUUUGGAAUUUCUCCAAAAUUUAUUUAUCAAAACGAUACGCUUUUACAAAUUCUCUAUAGUAUCAUUUCUACUAGAAAUAUUGAACUAUUCUUCCCAACUAUGGAGUGUGUCAACGAAAUAUUUAACAUUUAUAUUAACUCCAAACAUAUUGGUGUGAUAAAAAAGUAUUUAGGGCUGACAGUAUCAGAGUUGAAGCCAAUUUUCGAGCAGCAUUCCGUGAAUUUAUCCAACGAAACCAGUUAUGCUGUUUGUAGAGAAAUUAUCAAGCUUUGCGUUACAUUGGGAGAUAAAGGCACAGAGUGGCUUGUUAACAUGGAUGCUAUUAGAUAUGUUUCAACACAUUGUAUGAUACCGUCAGGACUGACCAUUGUAGAUGAAAAAGCAAAACAAUUUUUGGCAAUGAGCGUUUAUUUCACAUCUGUUCCUAACAUUAGCUUGGCAGAGGCCAUGCACGCAUUUUGGUAUCAUUUACAAAAUUGUGAGAUUGAUUUUGUAAGGAUUGGUACUUUGGACCCUACUUUGUCCGUACUUCCAGAGUUGCAACAUGCUGUGUCAUCUCAAUUUAGGGUAGAGUUGAUAGAGUAUUUCAAGCCUCUAUUAGAAAACACUAUUGCUCAAGGUGUUGACGACUCUGUAAAGUACAUGGGACUAAUAACUACAAAUAGAGAAGAGCUAGAUACUUUCAGAGACUCUACAAGAGAGGUGUUUGUGUCUGGUUACUACAUUCUAAGAGAGGAAGCGAUGCAUGUUUGCGAGGAAAAACUACUUACUCUUGAGAGACGUGGCCUUAUUCAACAAUUAACCCAAUAUAUGACAUCCCUACCUUCACUCUUUUCCUCCAAUGAAUGUGAAUAUCACAUUGGACAAUUCGCUCAGCUAUUAGUUUCGACCUUGCCUGACUUUGGAUUGUUAGAGUCCAUUUUCUAUUCUUUGAACAGUUUUGGCGAUAUGAUCCGUUCACAAGAAGCAGCAAAAUAUUUUGGUUCCUUCUUUUCCAUGUUCAACAGUUUGCAGACUUGCUGGGAUUUGAUUGAAAAAGCGCUUUUCGAAAAGGUGAUUGUGGGCAUGCAACUUUCCAGCUUCGCACAUGUCAAAAAACCAAGCAGUAUUUUUUCAAAACUGGAAUCCCAUGUAGCAAUUCCUAUUUGGAAAUCGAUGAUGCAACUGAUAGACAGAUUUUCUGCAAUAAUUGCACAAUCAGGAGAAAAUGCGAUCAUUUGGUGCAUCAAUUUUACUGUGAAUUCUAUCACUGGAUUCAAAAAUGCCUUGAAGGCUGAAUACUCAAUGUCUAAUCAAAAGAGAGACAAUAAUGUGAAAGCACUGAUGCAUAUGUCUGCAGCUUCCUUCUCUUCUCUGUGUGAGCAAGUAUCCUCACCCAGCAAAGCUGAAAAUACUAGCACGACUUUGCUUAGGGAUCUAGUAUUGUCUAUGCAUGAUGGACAUUUAUUGGAUCAAUUUGAACAAAGUGUUUCACAAAAGAUCUACAAGGGUUUAAGUCAUAUUAUUGUGGCCUUGUCUCAAUUUCCUUCAACACAGGAACACCUAUUACAGUUGCUAUUGAAAAAUAUUGUAACAAAUAUUGAACGUUUAUUGACAGAGAGACAAAAUAGUCUUACCGAACCAAUUUUGGGAGAUGUAUACGAAAACGAGAAGAGCUUACAAACUUCUAUUGCCUUACAUUUUGAAAUUAGAAAAAUUAAGAGUUUGUUAUACGCAUUCGAUACUACCCGUUCGUGUGAAGAACAAAACGAUGAUAGCAUCCUCACCAUCAUGCUCAAGUUGUUUGACAACAUUUUACAUUACACGGUUCAAAUAUUAUAUUUAUUUGUCAAAAAGCCUAGUAUGACAAACACCAAUGAUGUGUCGCUUUACUUAAGUAAUCAUUGGGGAAGGUACAUUGAUCAACAUUUAAUAUGCAACCACAUUUCAGACUUGUGGAAGGUUAUGAUAACAACUGUUGGUUGCAAGAACCCUUUAACUUAUCCAUUUUUACACAAAGUAUUGCUCAUUUCAUGCCAAUUCUUUUGCUUUGGAAAAGUCAUUGGCAUUGAACAAGCCGUUGAUGAAAAUCAAUUGUUAAACGAAUUGCAAUUAAUGUCAUCGCAUGAAGAGCCCAGCAUGAACGCAAUCACACAACAACUUCAAAGAUAUUUUGUCGAAUGUCAACCCUAUGCAUACAUGCUAGACGUUAUAGGAAUUUUAUUUGCAGAUAUGAAAGAUCCUCCAUUCCCACAAACAUUUAUGACUUAUUUUACCCCAAUUUUUGUACUGAGUUACAAUCUAAGUUCAUCCAAUAUAUUUGAAAACAGGUUAGAAUGGAUGAAGAAUAAGCGAAAAAUUAUGGAAGAAUACUCCCCAUACUUGAGAGGACAUUUUUCAGAGGACGAGAGAGGAGAUUUGCUCAUAGCAUUGUUCAGACUCUUUAAUUUUACAUGGACUUUAUAUCCAGAAAAUUAUCUCACAAAUUCAUUGCAUCAUUACUUUUUGGAGGAUCUGGUAUUGAAGUUAAUUGAAAGUCAUAUAGGAGGAGGAUUGGAUUCAAGUCAAAAUGGUGCCAAAUCAGUCUCCAACUACAUUUCCACUUUUGUCUUUACAUUUUCACAACUAUUGAGUCUUGAUAACCGACAAGAGGGAGUUUUCUUGAGAGAAAGUCACAAUGAGAUUAUCAAAAAUUAUGCAUUCCAUCUAAUUCCCUUGUUAUUGAAAUACAUUUUGCUCACAGACAACACCAAUGUAUCUCAAAUGCACAAGACACUCUAUGGAUUCUUCACCUACAACAAGAUGUAUUUUGUCACUUGUGCUGUCAACUUUGUGAUGGGACAUGGAGAAAUUCAACAGCUCAUCACUCAUCGUGUAUUGAGUCCAAAAGAUUUAACUGAUUUUUCGACCAAACUCACCACAACAAGCACUCAUACAACACUUGCCCUUCGAAACACAAUCAAAGAUUUUCAAGAAGUCAUUGCAAAAGCCAUUAACUUGUUGAAGCAUGGAAACGUCUCAUCAUUGACCAACGCACAGGAAUCAGAUUCUGAUUUACAAAUUCGGUCCUUGUUGGACCAUUAA